AUGGAAGUUUACAGGAAUCCCGAAGGAUCGGGGUUGAGAGUUUCCUUGCGCUCUUCCCGAGAUUGGAACCACGAGAUUAAGAACGAAUUUGCCGACCCUACGGAAACUUGCUUCGUUCGGCUUGCCACCCAGUAUGCUGCAAAGUAUCUGUCGUUGAGCGAUUACCUGGAUGGCGUGUUGUCUCACUUGAGGAAAGGAGCGACGAAGCACAAGUGGGAUGUACCACCAGAAGACAUUAGUGACUUCCUAGAGCUGGACCUCUUCGCGGGGGCUGUUAAAUCACGGUAUCUCGAUCCGGCCUUCGUACCUUUAGGAGAACAUGACUACUCUAGGAUGAAAAGUCUCGCUUCUAGAUUAUGGAUCACAAAUGAUCCAGACGAGUUUGACCAGCUCGGCCGAGAGGACCAGACCGACCUCUCAGCUUUGUUACCGGAAAUUGCCGAUCUUUUGCUAGUCAUCUGCUACGUAAGGCGACACACACUUCUGUUCAGAUACCUUAUUGGUGUGUUACCGGGACCUCCCGAUAGGUCCACCUUUGACCUCCUGAACGAGAUGCUGCUACAGCCGCGAACCGCCUAUUGGACCGCAAUAUACCAGCAUUCACCAAAACAACAGAGCAACUCGGCAGACGAAAUAAGCAUGUGGACUGAUAUCCUCAACUUUGGCUGGGUGCAUGAUCCAGUGAACUCAGAGACAGAGCGGUUCCUGCAGCAUGGAAUACGCAGCCAAGAUCCUGGUGUUGCAAGGGACGACAGCGUCGAAUUUGGGAGCCAGAAGCUGAGGAACCUUCACCUUGCGUUAGCCUCAAGGGGACUUUACUGUAGUGUGUCAUCGCUUGGUGACUAUCUGGCGAGCUGCAAAUCACUCGACCAAGCUCUGGACUUCCUCACGAUAUUCCCCGGCGACAAGGUCAGGCCGCCGGGUCGCGACUUGUACGAAUGGGAGUCUGGAGGCCUGGUGGGUAGCAUUGCCAGUUCUUCAAACCUGGAUGGGAAGUUGCGGACGGAUAUCAUGAGACUCGCCCUUAGUCGCGUCGAGGGCGUGGACGUCAACGCCCCAUUUAACUCCAAUCCAUGGGAAGAUGACAUGCCGGGGAGAAAGCCAACGCCCCGCAUGACCGGUCUACAAGUCGCAGCUUCCAAAGGGGACCAAGAGCUUGCCGAGGUUCUCGUCCAGUACGGAGCCCGAGCUGAUGCGGUGGAGUACAUAACAGGGUUGGAUGCGGCAGGGUUUGCGCGGAAGAGCGGGCAUGUGGGUUUGGCUGAAUGGCUUGACGGUUUAUCUCGGGAGUAG